AUGCCCUCCGCAGUACAGACACCCGGCAACCAAGCCGCCACGAACAACGGCGGAGCAAACCCCCCGUCAAACCUCCCAUAUGUGAAGACCUUGUCCGCAGAAUUGAAGACAACCAUAGACGAUUCCGUCAUCGCCACCUGCACCGCCCACCUAGUCGAGCGAGGCGACGACCCCUCCCGCUUCCAAGAACGAAUGACGGCCGCCGCCGAGGAGCCGGCAGAGCUGGCCAAGGAUCUCUUCACCCCCCACGGGCGUCUACUCCCCGAGCACCGAACCCCGCAGACUGCCAUGAACGGGGUCGUGGACUGGGGCGACGCGCUCGACACCAACGACGUCCUCGUCUUCGAGCACAUCAAGGUUGCCAAGGCCUUCCGGCGGAAAGGCUUGGGCAAGGACCUGGUCCAGGAGAUCCUCGACAAGGUAGCGAGCGACGGGAAACCUUUUUCGGUGUUUGUGGCGCCUGGCGCUCUGGAGAGCGAGUAUGGCGAGUACACGGGCGAGAAGAGGAAGGAGGUCAUCAAGGAGCAGGUUGAUAUCUGCGUUCAGUUUUGGUGCAAUCUGGGUUUCCGGAGGGUCAAGAUGACAAAUUGGCUGGCUCUCAAGUUCAUGCCUUGUGGCAGGGCUUAG